GAGCAGGAGCAGCAGCAGGAGCAGCAGGAGCAGGAGCAGCAGGAGCAGCAGCAGGAGCAGGAGCAGCAGGAGCAGCAGGAGCAGCUGCAGGAGCAGCAGCAGGAGCAGGAGCAGGAGCAGGAGCAGCAGCAGGAGCAGGAGCAGGAGCAGCAGCAGGAGCAGGAGCAGCAGCAGCAGCACGCACCGGUUGCUUCUCUGAGCCUUUGGGAGUGCUGGCGCUCCCCAGCCACGCAAAGGGCCCUGCCGUUGGCCGUGAAGGCCAAAGAGGUAUAA